CUACCUUGUUUAUGAGGCCUGGAUUGUUACGAAAAAAGGAAAAGGCAAGAUGGUUAACGCUACCCUUUUUUCCAUGCCCAAACCAGGCCUCCUAGAUGUGCGGAACUGUUCCUGGAGCUGUAGCCCUUCACCGCCAUCUCUACCUCCUUCCUUCUGAGGGAUCCUGAAAUCUCUGUCAUGGAAAAGUACCACGUGUUGGAGAUGAUUGGAGAAGGCUCUUUUGGGAGGGUGUACAAGGGCCGAAGAAAAUACAGUGCUCAGGUGGUGGCCCUGAAGUUCAUUCCAAAAUUGGGACGCUCAGAGAAGGAGCUGAAGAACCUGCAACGAGAAAUUGAAAUCAUGCGGGGUCUGCGGCAUCCCAAUAUUGUGCAUAUGCUUGACAGCUUUGAGACUGACAAAGAGGUGGUAGUGGUGACAGACUAUGCUGAGGGAGAGCUCUUUCAGAUCCUAGAAGAUGAUGGAAAACUUCCCGAAGACCAGGUUCAGGCCAUUGCUGCCCAGUUGGUAUCAGCCCUGUACUAUCUGCAUUCCCACCGCAUCCUCCACCGAGACAUGAAGCCUCAGAACAUCCUCCUUGCCAAGGAUGGUGGCAUCAAGCUGUGUGACUUUGGAUUUGCCCGGGCUAUGAGCACCAACACGAUGGUGCUGACAUCCAUUAAGGGCACACCACUCUACAUGUCUCCAGAGCUGGUGGAGGAACGACCAUAUGACCACAAUGCGGACCUCUGGUCUGUGGGCUGCAUACUGUAUGAGCUGGCAGUGGGCACCCCUCCCUUCUAUACCACGAGCAUCUUUCAGCUGGUCAGCCUCAUUCUCAAGGACCCUGUGCGCUGGCCCCCCACCAUUAGUCCUUGCUUCAAGAACUUCCUUCAGGGACUGCUCACCAAGGACCCCCGGCAGCGUCUGUCCUGGCCAGACCUCUUACAUCACCCUUUUAUUGCUGGUCGUGUCACCAUACUAAGCGAGCCAGCAGGCUCAGAUUUGGGUACCCCAUUCACCAGUCGCUUACCCCCAGAACUUCAGGUCCUAAAGGACCAACAGGUGCAUCGGCUGGCCCCCAAGGGCAAUCGGUCUCGCAUCUUGCAUCAAGCCUGUAAGCGCAUGGCUGAGGAGGUGAAGCAGAAGAAACACCAGAACAGAGGACCUGCCCUUGAGCAAGAGGACAGGACCAGCAAGGUGGCUUCUGGCACAGCCCCUCUGCCCAGACUAAAGGGCACUCCCCAGGAACCAGGCGUCUUAACUGGGGUCUUAGCCUCAGAAAUGAAGAGCAGCUGGGCUGAGUGGGGGGCUGGAGAGGCCCCCCCUGCACCUCGGGAAAACUGGAUCACCCAGGAUUGUGAGAGAGCUUUCCCAGAGCUGAGGCCAGAGGUGGUGGGCCAGCAGAGCCUUGAUGCAGUGGACCUAGAAAAUGAGGAGCCAGACAGUGAUGAUGAUGAGUGGCAAAACCUGCUAGAGACCACUGAGCCUGUGCCCGUCCAGCUGAAGGCCCCUUUCACCCUGCUGUGCAAUCCCGACUUCUGCCAGCGCAUUCAGAGUCAGCUGCAUGAGGCUGGAGGGCAGAUCCUGAGAGGCGUGCUGGAGGGUGCUUCCCGUAUCCUUCCUGCGCUCCGGGUCCUGAGCAGUCUUCUGUCCAGCUGCAGAGACUCUGUUCCCUUGUAUUCCUUCUGCCGUGAGGCAGGGCUCCCCGGGCUGCUGCUCAGCCUCCUCAGACACAGCCAGGAGAGCAGCAGUAUCCAGCAGCAAAGUUGGUAUGGGACCUUCUUACGGGACCUGAUGGCUGUGAUUCAGGCCUACUUUGCCUGUACCUUCAAUCUGGAGAGGAGCCAGACAGGUGACAGCCUACAGGUAUUUCAGGAGGCCGCCAACCUCUUUCUAGACCUGUUGGGGAAACUAUUAGCCCAACCAGAUGACUCUGAGCAGACUUUGCGGAGGGACAGCCUUAUGUGCUUUACUGUUCUGUGUGAAGCCAUGGAUGGGAACAGCUGGACCAUCUCUAAAGCCUUCUACUCCAGCCUGCUGACUACACAGCGGGCUGUGUUGGACGGGCUCCUUCAUGGCUUGACAGUUCCACAGCUCCCUUUGCACAGCCCCCCAGGAGCCCCCCAGGUGAGCCAGCCGCUGCGGGAGCAGAGUGAGGAUCUGCCUGGAGCCAUUUCCUCGGCGCUGGCAGCCAUAUGCACUGCUCCUGCAGGGCUGCCUGGCUGCUGGGAAGCCAAGGAGCAGAUCUCUCGGUAUUUGGCAAACCAGCUCACCGAAGACAGCAGCCAACUGAGGUCAUCCCUCAUCUCUGGCCUGCAGCAUCCCAUCCUGUGCCUACACCUUCUCAAGGUUCUCUACUCCUGCUGCCACAUCAGUGAGUGCCUGUGCCGUCUUUUAGGGCAAGAGCCCCUUGCCUUGGAGUCACUGUUGAAGUUGGUCCAGGGCAAGGUAAAGGUAGUGGAUUGGGAAGAGUGUACUGAAGUGACACUGUACCUCCUCUCCCUUCUUGUCCUUCACCAUCAAGAUGUGCCUGCUGGAAUGGAGAAGCUAGGCAGUGAGACUGCUACUGUCUUUACCCAUUCACACGUCGUCUCUCUUGUGAGCGCAGCAGCCUGUCUCUUGGGCCAGCUUGGUCAGCAAGGGGUGACUUUUGACCUCCAGCCUGUGGAGUGGAUCGCUGCAGCCACACAUGCCCUGUCCGCCCCUGCAGAGGUCCGACUGACUCCACCAGGUGGCUGUGGAUUCUAUGACGGCCUCCUCAUCCUUCUGCUGCAGCUCCUCACCCAGCAGGGGAAGGGUAAUCCAAUAAGGGACGUGGCCAGCUCAGAACUGUGGACGGUUCUGUGGCACCGCUUCUCCAUGGCUCUGAGGCUCCCUGAAGAGGCGUCUACACAGGAAGAGGAGCUGUCGCUGUCCAGUCCACAAAGCCCAGAGCCAGACUGGACGCUGAUCUCACCCCAAGGCAUGGCAGCCCUGCUGAGCCUGGCCAUGGCCACCUUUACCCAGGAGCCCCAGUUAUGCCUGAGCCACCUGUCUCAGCGUGGAAGUAUCCUCAUGUCCACCCUGAAGCAUUUACUUUCGCCCAGCUUCCUGCAUCAACUGGGCCAGGCGCCUCAAGGGUCUGAGUUUCUCCCCGUCGUGGUGCUCUCUGUCUGCCAGCUCCUCUGCUUCCCCUUCGCCCUGGAUGUGGAUGCUGACCUCCUUGAAGGUGUCCUGGCUGACCUCACAGACUCAGAAGUCACAGCCCAUCUACUGCAGGUCUGCUGCCUCCAUCUUCCACUGACACAAGUCGAGCUGCCCAUCAGUCUCCUCACACGCCUGGCCCUCUCGGAUCCCACGUCUCUCAACCAGUUUGUGAACACAGUGGCUGCCUCCCCUGGAACCACCAUCUCAUUCCUCUCAGUUGCCCUCCUGGGUGACCAGCCACUGCUGACUUCUGACCUUCUCUCCCUCCUGGCCCACGCCGCCCGGGUACUGUCUCCCAGCCAUUUGUCCUUUAUCCAAGGACUCAUGGCUGGCUCCGAUGAAUCCUAUCGGCCCCUGCGCAGCCUCCUGGGCCACCCAGAGAAUUCUGUGCGGGCCCGUACUUAUGGGCUCCUGGGACACUUGCUGCAACAUAGCGUGGCCCUACGUGGGGCCCUGCAGAGCCAGGCAGGACUGCUUAACCUUCUGCUGCUGGGGCUUGGAGACAAGGACCCUGCUGUGCGGCGCGGUGCCAGCUUUGCUGUGGGCAAUGCAGCCUACCAAGCUGGUCCUCUGGGACCUGCCCUGGCAGCUGCGGUACCUGAUAUGACCCAGCUGCUUGGAGAUCCUCAGGCUGGUAUCCGGCGCAAUGCUGCAUCAGCUCUGGGCAACUUGGGGCCUGAGGGUUUGGGGGAGGAGCUGUUACAGUGCCAAGUACCCCAGCGGCUCCUAGAGGUGGCGUGUGGAGACCCCCAGCCAAAUGUGAAGGAGGCCGCCCUUGUUGCCCUCCGGAGCCUCCGACAGGAGCCCUGCAUCCAUCAGCUUGCAGGAUCUCAGUUCCCCGACCAGGGAUUGAACCCUGGCUAUGGCAGUGAAAGCCUGGAAUCCUAACCACUAGGCAACCAGGAAUACAUGGUUUUAAAAACUCCUAGAGGAAUACAUAAGUAAAAUCAUUGGAAGAGUAUAUUGCAGGAAAACCAUGGGAAGAUAAUUAGCAGGAAGGUAACAUCAGAUUUGUGCUUGAGAUUACUACUGUAGUGUCAGUGUGUAGUUUGAAUAAGUAAAAUCUAGGCUGAAGGCAGGAGCCAAUGAGAAAACUAGAGACCAGGCUAGAGAUGAUGAGGGCUUUAUGGUGGUGGCAGUGGGGGAGAGGGUUUAGAGAGAUAUUAACAGUGGUAGAGUGGACAAAACCUGAUGGCAAAGUAGAUGUAGGGAAAGUGAGACAAGGAGCAGUCUGGAAUGAUCCUAACUUUCUGACUUUAGUAAUCAAGUGGGUGGAGAUGCAGGAGGAGGUAUUAGGAGGAGGGACAGCUUUGAGAAGAAAGGUAAAGGAGUUACACUUUGGACAUGCUGAAUUGAGGUUCCUGCAGCAAAUCCAGGUACAAAGGCCUGGGAGGUUGUUCUGUAGGUCUGAGUGAUGGUAGAAAGUUGAGAAGGUAGGAGUAGGAGGUGGUUGAGGUCAUGGGAUAAACGAGGUUUGUGUUAAUAAGUUGGGAGAGUUUGCAUUAAUAGUUGCAACUGCCAUUUAUUGAAUGCUUACUAUGUGCCAGGCAAAGUGAGAAGACUGAGCACAGGAGCACCAACUUUGAGAGAGUAGGUAGGGGAAAGGGGAUGGAAGAAAGGAAGCAGAACAUUUGUAACCAAAUCCAGAAAUGAAUAUGUAAAUGAAAAGUUGUCACUUGCUGAAAAAUUGUUGAGAUGACCUUUUAACUUUUGGAUCUGGUACUCAUGAUGUGGAGUUGAGUUUAGCUUUCCCGCUAGAUUCCUUCUGUGACCUUGGAAUUGUCUGGUCAUGGGCUCCCUGGAUUUUAGCAUGAAAUUAAAUGCUUUGAUCUGUCAGUGAAAUGCAAAGGAAACUUUUCUUUAAUGCCCUGAACUUCUCAUCCUGUCUUCUGGCAGAACUGGGAAGCCAGACCUGGUAUAUUUGCAACAAAUACUGAUAGAGUGCUAAUUCCUGAAAUAAAAAGGGCCCUGUCCUUGGGAGCCUCUUGAAUAUCCUGGAUGGGGAGUACUAUUCCACACCAGAGGUUCUCAGACUUUUUGGUCUCUCAUAUGCACUUUUAAAGCUCUUUGGGGCCUUCAGUAUAUUUUUAAAUGUGGGAUAUGUAUCUACUCCAUACUAGAAAUUGAAGUAUUUAUUAAUUCAUUUAGAAAUAAUAAUAAGCCCACUAUAAGUAAACAUAAGUAGCAUUUUAAAAAAUGCAAAAUGCUGUUGUUUCAAAAAUAUUAGUGAGAAGAGUGGCAUUAUUGAAGACAGCUGGGUUUUCAUAUUUGUUUCUGCAUUCAGUUGGUUCGAUAUGUUGUUUUGAUUGAAUUAUGAAGAAAACCCAGCCUCACAUAGAUAAUUAGUUGGAAAAGGGAGGAGUAUUUCUAUAGCCUUUUCAGAUAAUAGUGGGUAUUCUUCUUUGAUACUACACAGACGUUAACAAGGGGUGGUUUUAUGAAGGUUAGCUGCAGUGGAAUCUGAAAUGUUGUCAGUAAACUUUUCAUACUUUGUUACAUUAGAAUCCAUUGGUCUAUUUCUGACUUUGACCCAAUCUUUUACCCGCGCCUGAUUCUUUGAAAUUAUGUGAUAGAUAUUUGGAAAAUACUGGUUCAUUGAAUUAUGUAGAUCUUAAAAAUGUUGCCACAUUUUAUUUUACAGUAUCAAAAAAAUAUAUAUUAUCACCACACUCAUCAGAAAAAUGAUUAAGUAUUGGGAAGCUGUCAAGCUCAUGGUGGCAGAUACAAUUUUGCCAAAAUUCUAAUUUUCUCUUGAAGCUCAAAUUUUAUCAUUGGCAACAGACACUGUCAGUUGUUUUCCUUGAAGUGACAGG